CAGAAAUUUCGGGCGGACGAGUGUAGAAAAUAUAGUUUCUAUAACUACUCAACACAUUUUAUUUUAAUACCAUAUACAAUUUUUUAAAAUUUGAUGAUUUGCAUAUAUUUAUGAUGGGAAUGCUUCCUUCACCUUCUCAGGUUGCAAGGUCUCACUCGGCACUCUAUGAAGCAUUCUAUCGGCAGGUUGAUCCUGCAGAAACAGAUCGUGUUUCUGCUGUUGAAGCAGCUGCUUUCCUUAAACGUUCAGGGCUUCCAGACACUAUAUUAAGCAAAAUAUGGGACAUGUCAGAUCCUCAAGGAAAGGGCUUUUUAGACAAGCAGGGAUUUUAUGUAGCUCUCAAAUUGAUUGCACUUCAUCAAAAUGGAAAAGAUCUCACCUUAGCAAAUAUGAAUCUUGAUUUGCCUCCUCCUCAGAUGCAAACUGCAAGUGGUCGAAAUUCACCAGCUGUAGACUGGAAUAUAAAGGCUUCUGAGAGAAAAAAAUAUGAAGAAAUGUUUUAUUCAAUGGGUCCAGUUGCAGGAAAACUCCCUGGUGAUAAAGUUAAACCGGUUAUGUUAAAUUCUAAACUACCGCUGGAGGUGUUGGGAAAGAUUUGGGAUCUUAGCGAUACAGAUCAAGAUGGUUUCUUAAGUAAAGAGGAGUUCAUAUUAGCUAUGCAUUUAAUUUACAAAGCUUUGGAAAAUAUACCUGUUCCAUCUGUUUUACCACCUGAAUUAAUUAGUAUUUUAAAAAGAAAGCAUAGUAUACCUGGAAUGGUACAAGUACUUCCUGAUGUGUUACCUCAAGGUAUUGAUAAUAUGAUGACUGGUCGAAUCAGAAGAUCAAGUACACCUUCAUCUGAUAUUAUUGGCAGAGGGUCUACAUGGAUAGUCAAUGCUGUUGAUAAAGCCAAGUUUGAUGAAAUGUUUCAUACAUUGGACACAGACAAGAAUGGAUUUGUAACGGGACUGGAUGUAAAAGAUACAUUUUUGAAAUCAGGAUUGCAACAAGCAGUUUUAGCCCAUAUCUGGAAUUUGUGUGAUAUUAAACAGAAUGGAAAAUUAAAUUCAGAGCAAUUUGCAUUGGCAAUGUAUUUAGUCCAGCAAAAAAUUCAGGGCUUAGAAGUUCCUGCAACAUUAUAUCCUGAAAUGAUUCCUCCAACUUUGAGGCCCAAACCAUCAACUGAUAUUCCGCAGGAUGUUCCUUUGCCAAUAGCCUCAGAUUUAGAUUCUUCAGGGAGCAAGGAAUUGGAUAUGAUAAGUAAUGAAAUUAAAGAACUUCAGAUGGAAAAGAUGACAUUAGAGAAAGAUCUUGCUCAAAAAGAAGCCGAUGUUAAAAUUAAAAAUGGUGAAUUGAAGAAUUUGCAGAAUGAACAAGAUGCAUUAGAAACUAUGCUUAAACAAUUAGAAAUUCAAAAAGGAGAAGCUCGUAAAAGGUUAAAUGAUUUAGACAAACAGAAAAGCUCUCUAGACCUUACCCUAUGUGAUUUGCUGGCACAAACUGAGGAUGAAGUCAACCAGAUUGAUGCCAUGAAGAAACAGAAAGAAGAUCAAGAAUUGGAGUUGGAAGCUCAAGAAAAAGAGCUGAGUGAAAAACGUAGAGAAUUAAAUGAAUUAAAGCAGGAAGAAACAAAGCUUGAUAGUCAAAUAUCUGCUGGUAAAUCUCAACUUGAUGCCUUAAAUAAUUCAUUACAAAGUACGAUACUUCAAAUAAGUCAGCUGAAAAUAAAAAUUGAUCAACUUCAAGAACAACAUAGAUUAAUGAGUGAAGCAAUUAAAGAUAUGGAUAAUGCGAUAUCAUUUGGGGAUUUCCGCAAUGUUUCUGAAUUUACAUUGACUGGAUUUGCUCCUCUUCAAGAUGAUGACUUAACAGUAGUUACUCCUAAUAUUUCUCCAACUUCUGUAAAAAAUAUGGAACCUGUUGCUCCAAUUGGCGAUUUUCAGGAAGAUCCUUUUAGUAGUAAAGAUCCAUUUGAAGGUAAAGUGAAUGGAUUCAGCAGUGAUCCAUUUGCUGGAGAGGAUCCCUUUAAAGGAGAUCCAUUCAAAGAGAGUGCUGUUGUCUCAACUUGUGAUCCAUUUGGAGGAGAUCCUUUUGAAAAUGUUUUCAAUGUUACUGCAGCUCAGACAACUAAGGAUGAUCCCUUUUCUGGUAGCGACCCAUUUGGUGGUUUCUCCGCACCUCCUGCAAAUCCUGAAAAAGACCCAUUCGAUCCAUUUGGGUUGUCUAAAUCCAAUUCUAUUCAAUCUCCUGUGGGGGGCUUUGAUUCGGAUCCUUUUGGUGCUGACCCUUUUGGAGCAAGUCCUGCUGCGCCCCCUCGUCCUGAAAGCCCAACUCCAGCCUUGCCUCCAAAGAAGAGCAAAGCUCCCCCUCCACGACCUGCUCCUCCAAAAGCAAAGGGCCCCUCUCCCAAACCAGGACCAACCAGAGCAGCUCCAGCUCCUCCUGUUCCUCCACCUCCUGCUGUGGAUCCUUUCAAAGCAGAUUUUGAAAACACAAGCAACAGUUCUGCCUUUCCUGAUCUGUUUUCCAAGACAGCUAAAACUCAAGAUGCUUUUGAUCCUUUUUCCAAUCCAACAGCACCAGCAGCAGACAAUUUUGCCAACUUUGACAAUUUUGCGGAUUUUGACAACAUCAAGUGAGGAGGGACUCUUGCAGAUAGCCAGUAGUUGUAAACGAAAUAAAUUAUGUACAUUUUUUUAACUUUAGGGUCAACACACUGCUGACAUCUCAGACAAUGUAUGUGAAGUAGGCAUCGACUUGAUAGGAGUUAGGGAUUGAUGCAAAGACAGUAAACAAGUUGGAAUAAUUUUUCUUGUAACAUUGCUGAUCCUUUUCAUUAUUUUUUAUUCCUGUUUUCUUGAAAUAUCUCAUGCAUAAAAAUUAAUAAAACUUGUUUUCUUUUAUUAGA